UCUUUUGCCGGAAGAAUUUUGCAGAAAAAUUAACAAAAAAUAUUUAAAGUUGUUAUAGAACUUAGGCAUUCCAUUAGCAUGGGUCUCUUAUCUGAUCCCUCGUUAACACCACGUCAUAAAUUUGGCAAAAUACUCACCAAAUAUCAUUCCAAAUUGGGUUGGCUUUUGUACGUCGCCAGCAUUGUAUGGUUUGGCUGUCUGGGUCAUAAGGACUUUAAUCAUGGUACUUAUCUAUCGGAAAAUGCACUAUCACCGGGUUUGGUUUAUCCCGAAAUCAAACAAGACUCCAGCCGCUGGGCUCAACAAUUGAUGGAUGAACUGAAAGCCGAGCGUGACACUCAUAAAUCAACUACACCUCAUGCUUGGAUAGCGGCUAAAAUGAAACAAAUUGGUUUGGAGACGUAUGUGCAUAACUAUACAUUGCGUUAUCCCUUUGGAGGAGGCAAAGAGUUUCAUGGCAAAAAUGUUUAUGGUAUUUUGAGGGCACCACGAACUAGCUCGACUGAGGGUUUAGUAUUUUCAGCACCCUAUAGGCCUCCCUCAUCGUAUCAUACGGAUAUAGCAGCUAGUGUACCCAUUUUAUUGGCAUUUGCAGAUUUUGCGAGAAAGAAAAACUACUGGGCUAAAGAUAUUAUAUUCUUAGUGACUGAACAGGAGCAAUUGGGUAUGCAUGCUUUCCUAGAAGCCUAUUUUAAUACAGAAAUGGAUACGGACACAAAAAAGAAUAACUUUUUAAAUUAUGGCAACUUGCCUGCACGAGCUGGAUCACUGCAGGCAGCUUUAAAUAUUGAAGUGCAAGACUUGGAUAUAGAUUACAUUGAUGUUAAAAUUGAAGGCUUAAAUGGUCAAUUACCUAAUCUAGACAUGUUUAAUUUAGUUCAGCGCAUAACUGCUCGAGAAGGUAUAAUCUCUGGAUACAAACAAACACCUUUGAAGAAACGUCGUUCAUCUCACUACACUUCAGUGGAGAGUAAUAUAAAAAAUUUACUCAGCAUGUUACUAAGUCAAACCACGGGAGUGCCAAAUGGCAAUCAUGGCCUCUUUCAUAGACAUCGCAUUGAAUCAUUAACGCUGGAAGCUGUUAAGAGGCCAACUACCGGUAGUAAUCGUUAUAAUGGUGGUCUGCCAUUGUUGAAAACCAUAGAGGGAAUAUCACGCAGUCUUAACAAUUUAUUGGAACGUUUUCAUCAGAGCUACUUCUUUUAUAUACUGGCACAAAAUGAUCGUUUCGUAUCGAUUGGUGACUAUAUGCCAUGUCUCGUAUUGUUGGUGGUGCCUUUGUUCAUUAAAUCAUUUUUAAUGUGGCUUAUAGCGGGCGGACAAAUUAAGGAUGCUGAUAAAGAACAGGUGGAAGAGGAAGUUCCUUUUAUAAAGGAUAAAGAAAAUGCAGAAGUGUACUUAGUACCUGCCAUUCUAUUCAUCAUCUAUACAUGUUUCAUAGGUUACAUGUGUCAACAAAUACUUGGCUUGGAAUUAGUGGUGAACUCUCUGUCCACUUAUGGUUUAACCACGGCCCAAAGUGUUACCGUAUCUAUGGUAUUAUGGGUAGUGUUGGCAAUUCUUUUGCCAUUUGUGUACCGUUUACCUGUCAUCGCCAUGCAUUGGCUGCAUUUAUCCUCUUUAGUUGGCCUGGGAACAGCUUUAGUGGUAGUAGGCUUGCUAAACUUUGCUUUGGCCUUUUUGAUUGCCUUGGUUUGUGUACCAUUGGCUGUGGGAGUUAAACCCAAUAUGCAGAAGGGUUUUAGAAAAUCUCUACUAACCUUUUAUUGUGUGCUUUUAAACCCUAUAGUAUUUAUUUAUGGUUUGGUGUGUAUAUUGACCUUGUUCCAGUUUCCUGAAUUGAAAAUUAAGGAUGUUGCUUGGCGUGCUGUCACUGCCAGUAUGGAUGCCAUAACAUUUUCGUUAACCGAUAAUUUGAUUUAUAACAAUUGGUUGUGCACAAUUGUCACCUCAGUAUUACUGCCUCUAUGGUGCUGCUUUUGGACUUUGGUAUUAAACAAAACUAAAAACGAUCCUAUUGUCAGCAUUUCAAACAAGAAAUUGGACUAAGCUGCAGCUAGUCUUUAAGAAAAUAUUUAUGUUCUAAGCUAAUUAAAAAUAACUACACUUUUUUAAAAAAAUAAAAAUAAAACUAUUAAGCUACGAAAAAUGUAAUAAAAAAGCAUUUAUAUGUUUAUAUUUAUUUAUAUAUAAAUUUUUAUUUAUUUUGUUUAUAUGUACUUACAUAUUAUUUUAUAAUACAAUAAUAAUUGAUAUUUUUAGAGUAAAAAAAAGGAAAAGAAAAUUUACACAUAUUUAAAUUUAUUAGUAGUAUCUGAAAUAUAUAAAGUGCAGCAUAAACAAAAUUUCAAAAUAGUAUGCGAAAAAAAUAAAAUAAAAUGAAUUUGUUUUGUAUCCA